CCGAUUUCAAUCGAAUCGGACAAGUCCAUUCGUCUUCUCACUGUUAACUCACGUUCGACCAUGGUGAACCUUUUCGUCAACCGUUGAAGGAUGAUCGCACUCGAAACACGUGCCUGUUGACGACAAUAAACGCCGUGAGAUCUACAACUAGAACCUAUUCUAUAACGUACCACACGGGCGGAAGAAGACGUUUGUCACGUAGCAUGAUCCAUUUACAGAUCAAGUUAUUUGGAUUUACAAAUUCCACGAAGAUGAGGUUUCUGGCCGUAUUAGCGUGUUUCCUGUUGGGAUUUAUCGAACUCGCCAAUUCUUUGCCUCGAAAUGCUACCGAUUACGAAGAUAUGUCCUUUUGGCUAAAAUCCGGCCAAGAGAAUCUUCAAAGAAUUCUGGCUUAUCGAAACAACGAAAAUCGCGCGAAGAAUGUAAUUAUCUUCAUCGGUGAUGGCAUGGGAAUAUCUACGAUUACAGCUGGUCGAAUAUACAAAGGCCAAAUCAAGGGUAACACCGGCGAGGAAUACAAAUUAGCUUUCGAAAAUUUUCCUAACACUGGAUUCGCCAAGACGUACAACACCGAUAAACAAGUACCCGAUUCAGCUGGAACGGCUACCGCGAUAUUUUCCGGUGUUAAAUGCCGAUACAAGGUUAUUGGAUUAGAUACAAAAGCUUCGUUUAAUCGAUGUAAUAACAAAACCGACGAGGCGAGCAAAGUUACGACUGUCGCGGAUUGGGCGCAACAGAGUGGCAUGGAUACCGGGUUUGUCACGACAACUCGGAUCACGCAUGCUACUCCGGGUGGAUUAUACGCUCAUACCAAUAAUCGCGACUGGGAAUGCGAUACGUCGAUACCGGCGCAAUAUAAAGGUUGCGUAAAGGAUAUCGCCAGACAACUGAUCGAAGACGAACCAGGAAGCAAGUUCAAGGUGAUCAUGGGUGGUGGAGCGCAACACAUGGGCUUACCGAUGGAUCCGAUAGAUCCCGAUACGUGUGUCAGAGGAGAUGGACAAAACUUAGCGGAUGUAUGGGCUGAGAAUAAUCCCAACGGGAAAGUGGUGACCGAUCUGGAACAGCUUCUCUCCGUCGAUAUCGCUAAUACGUCGAAGAUUCUCGGAAUUUUUGCUCCUAGUCAUCUCCCUUACCACGCUGUGAAGACUGAGAAAACACCCACCUUGGCUGAGAUGACUCGGCAGGCUGUUCGGUUGCUUAAAAAAAAUGACAAUGGUUUUCUCUUAAUGGUGGAGAGCGGAAGAAUAGACAUGGCGCAUCACCAUAACUGGGCGAAGCUAGCGUUGAGGGAAUUGUCGGAACUCGAAGAGGCGAUAUCAGUCGCUCUGGAGGAAGUUAAACUGGAAGAAACGUUGGUGAUCGUAACCGCGGAUCACUCGCACGUGUUCACCAUCAAUGGUUAUCCGAAACGUGGAAACGAUAUCCUCGGUUUCGUCAACGAUCCGAAAAAGCCAAAAAUACAGGCCUACGAAACGCUCAGCUACGUCAAUGGUCCAGGAUACUAUUAUCAUAGGCGAAACGAUAGUAACAACGUCAACGAAACCUGGAAACCUGUGGAUCAAGACGAGGAACGCGAUAAACCCUAUUACCCCCAUAUGGCUGGCAUGUACUUGGAGGAUGAAACUCACGGAGGCGAAGACGUUGGAGUCUACGCUAUAGGUCCGUACUCCCACUUGAUUCGCGGCACUUUCGAGCAAAAUUACAUCGCUCACGUGGUAGCGUAUGCGGCGUGCCUCAAAAACUGGCCUUCCCACUGUGAUAAAUCUUACUCGGAAAACUCGGUAGCUCAACUCGCUAGCUCCCCUAUUGCGUUUCUAUUGACGUUCGCGUUGCUUUUAAUCGUCACCAGGUUCGAUUAAUCGUACGUAUUAACCAUAAACGCGAACAACGCACGCGACGAGUAUGCUUCUUCUUGCUGAACUUCCGCGUCUUCUUCGUUAUUCUUUCUCGCUCGAAUAUCCUUUGCCUACGUCUCGUCUAUCCCUUCUUUUUCCCCAAUCGUCGAAUUCUUCCAUAGCCAAUUAUAAUUUCCUACUUUUCGUUACUUCUUCUCUGUACUCCUUCUUUUUCUUUUCUACCUCUUUCUUUGAUUUUGAAAGCAGUACAAAAGCGACACGUGUAUACCGCUCGAAGGCAUUCGAACUUCUUUUCCUUACUUUUGCCACACGAUGUAAUUUAAUUACAGGAUCACGAGCCAAAGGAUUACGCGUUAACGAACAACGAUUACAUUCUAUAUUAUUGUUAUUUUAUUUUUACGACACGAUAAAAUUGGUUUUAUCGUCUCUGAAACACAGGCGAGAUAAGAAGGAUUUUUCUAAGCUGCAAACCAACUAAAGCGUCGUUUCGAACGCUUAUGAGCGGUAGCGUACACAUACGCGUAAGCGGCAAAUAUGUUCGCAAAUAACUACUGGUACGUUUGAUCUAUAAUACUGCGAUCGACAAUACGAAUUGUCCUUUGUAUAUAAUUUUCACGAUUCAUAUUGUAUUUCAAUGUCUGGCUCGACUUACCAUAGCAUAUUUAUACACUUGCGUACGUGUAUGCGUGCGUAAUGUAAAGGCUCGUUCAGACGCGUGUAAUAAUUUAGUCGAGUAGUUUAGUAAGACGUUUCAAUGGUUUAGUCGAGUGGCGAGUAAUUUUAGUAACUUACCGUGUGUGGACGAAAGUGUAGUCGAGUAAUUUAGUGAAACGAUUUGGCCGAUCUUCUAAUGGAUGUAGAAAGAUCCGUUUCGAACGUACGUGUUUUUCAAACGUAUCCAUAGUAUCAUGGCAAUAAGAUCUAAUAAAACGGA